AUGCGCAGGGUGGGGGAAUCCAUGGAGUCCAAAGUACAAAAAGUUGCAGGACGUGAAGUUACAGCUGGUAACUCUAAUUCCCAUGCAAGCCGUGCAGUAUUUGGCAACAACGUGGAUAUUCUGGAAGAAAUCUUGAAGCACCUUGAUGCCAAGUCAGUGGGCAUCAUCUCCUGUGUUAGCAAAGGGUGUCAGCAAGCUGCAGAAAGUGAAUAUGUGUGGAAAAUCAUAUGUACACACAUCUGUCCUUCAUCUGUUUUUGAAACAGAGAGGCUACAGUCACUGGUAGCAACCAUGGGCGGAUUCAAACGCCUCUACAUGAAUUUCUUGCAUCCUCUCCACUCAUAUUCCCAUCAUAAGCACUGUUCUUCGCUGAAUGAAGAUGUCAUCAGGCUUUCUCUCUCACUGUUUUCAGUUGACUACUAUGAAAGAAGGCUUGAAUCUUUCAGGACCAGAAUGCCUCCAAUUUUAAGAUCCAUUCAGGCAUUACUGCAAUAG